AUGUCACUCUCGCCGGGUUUGACGCUUGCCGCCUCGGCAAGCAUUGUCGGUUCCGCAGCAGCAGCUGGAGCCAUUGCCGCUCUCUCCGGCUGUGCCAUACCGGCAGUCCUGGGAGCUGGAGCACCCACGGAGGUCAUGUUGAGGCAGUGGUAUAUCAUCUUCAACAGGGGUAAGGCAAUCCCACUGACGAGUCUGAUAUCGGCUCUGAGCUACGGCGCGGUUUCCUACGGCACAUGGUCUCAUGGGCUGCCGCAAUGGAAAGGAUUCGCACUAAGCGGGCUGUUCGCCGCCGCCUCGAUUCCUUUUACGAUCGCUUUCCUGAUGCCGACCAACAACGCACUCGAGGCUGCCGCGCAUAGCGAGGUGAGGACGCUGAGCGACGAUAAAGUUCGGGGGUUGAUUACGAAAUGGAUGAAGAUCAACAACAUACGGAUCUUCAUUCCGCUUUCUGGCGCGAUCCUUGGCUUGUGGACUCUGCUGGGUUGA